UGAGAAACAGCAGGCUGUUUGGUUGUUUUAUCGUCAAGAGUAAACCCCAGGACGCCCAAGCGCUUACCAAAUGACACAGCCAAGACAAUCUUUUGAAAACGCAUAUUACUACAUACUAAAAAUAAAUUGUCCUCUCACAGCCACGGUAGGAUUUGUUGUGCAAGCAUGGUCAGUUUUAUUUUUAGGUGUUUUCCUACACGCAUGCAAGCCUGCUAACAGAAAAAGCGUCGGAGGUAUCGAAAUAAUGUACACGGGGAGCACAGAUAGCUAACAGUUUUUGCAGUAUUUCUCUGUAUUUAUUUAACAAAACAUUAUAUUUAAUUUGUGUAGCCGUCGGCUAUUUGUGUUCGUAAUACGACAGCUGGCUUAACUGGACAUCUGCAGUUUUAACUAUACCCGCAUAACUUAUUUAACUUUAAGACACUUGUUUUCAAGAAAAAAAAUUCUGUGGAAAAUUAUGCUGUUUAGGUUUGGCGUUAUUCUGACUCCAGAAUGCACCGACAUAGAGGUGUUUGUGUUGGGGUCACGUCCGGAAAUGGGACAUUGGGAUCCGAAUAAAGCAGUAAUGAUGAAACCAGCACAGACUGUACUGUCCACGUGCGAGCCCUGCCUCUUCAUCGGCGAGGUUCAUCUGUCGGAGCCUUGCAAAGAAAACUUCUGGUUUAAAUACAUAAAACGCGUCGGCGGCAACAUGAUCUGGGAAGGCAAUGGUCCCCAUCAUGACCGCUGCAGCGUGUACAAUAAGAGCAACAUGGUGGACGGGGUGUACUGCCACCCCAUCGGUCACUGGAUCGAGGCCGCCGGCCACACAGACGAGAUGAAGCACACCACCAACUUCUACUUCAACAUUGCUGGCCACCAUGCCAUGCACUUCUCAAGGGUCCUACCCAGGGUGUGGCUGGGAAGCUGCCCGCGGCAGCUGGAGCAUGUGACGGUGAAGAUGAAGCACGAGCUGGGCGUCACGGCGGUGCUGAACUUCCAGACCGAGUGGGACGUGGUGAACAACUCGCAUGGGUGCAGACGCAACAUGUCAGAGGACAUGACACCUGAGACCAUGAUGCACCUGUACAGAGACUGCGGCCUGUCGUAUGUGUGGAUCCCCACCCCGGAUAUGAGCACUGAGGGAAGAGCCCGUAUGCUACCGCAGGCGGUCUUCAUCCUUCAUGGGCUGCUGGAGAAUGGGCACACCGUCUACGUGCACUGCAACGCGGGGGUGGGCCGCUCCACCGCUGCCGUCUGCGGGCUGCUCAUGUACGUCAUGGGCUGGAGCCUAAGGAAGGUGCAGUACUACCUUACGGCCAGAAGGGCGGCAGUCUACAUUGAUGAAGAGGCCUUGGUCCGUGCCGAGGGGGACUUCCACCAAAAGUUUGGACAGCUCCGUUCCUCCGCCUAUGACCCAGAGACCUGAGUGUCCGGUCCUUCUGUGAGGAGUCAAUUGGAGCUAUGGUCGGUUACAUUUGUACUCCAGGUUCAGUUGUUGUGAAGAUCUGGGGUGCAUUAGCCCAGUCUUCCAAGGUUAAAAAUUAUCUUCUUGUGCCCCUGUAUUCUUUACUUGAAUCUCAGAUAGAAAUGCUUUUACAGUUCCAAUAGAGUGCAGUGUUGUGACUCUGUGUGAAGCAUGGAUUUCAAAAGGCCAGUUUUCAGUUCCUAAGACAUGUGAGUGGGCUGAUUUAUUUUGGUAAUGGCAAAGUCUUACAUACACACUUAUUGUAAAUUUGAACCUUGCUACCAUCUCAGAAAACACCUUGAAGCCAUUUCCUUUGAGUUAUUGCUUUGACUACUAAUACGGUACUUAUCACAAUAUUACAGAUGGCAUUUUAUAUUAAAUGACUAUACUGUUGUCGAUGAGGCUCAAUUUAUGGGAAGCAGUUAUAUGUCAGUCCUCACUGAGGGACAGCUGAAUUCUAGUUGUGUCAUUUAUUAAGUAAUUUACAGCAACAACAGUUAUACAAACACAGAAGGGUUGAUGGAAUCUGUUAAAGGUGGCUCUUAAGAUGUUUGAAAACCAAGAUAAAUACCAGCUGUGAUAGCAAUCGGCAAUAUGCAACAGUGGUUCUUAAAAGCUUUCAUGUCCUCACAGUUAUGAUGUGUGUGGAAAUAAACAUACAGGUUUCCAUCUAUCCACUGUUGUUCACAUUUAUUUAUGUUUAAACAUAAAAUGUAUUGCAAGAAGAGCAAUGUUCCAGUUUGAUUUCCAUGAGGCAACUGAACCUUGUGCUUUUUGCAAUAAAUCACG